UGCUUUAUUAAUUCAUCUCCAUCGCCAUCCUUUCUCUCUCCCUCUCUCUCAACACAAAAAUCUCUGUAUUUUCGUUACCCAGAAAUCGGAAUCCAAGUCUCGUCUCGGCCAUCAAAACCCAGAAACUGAGCGUUAAACUGAUAGCCGUUUGGUUGACAUCCUCACGUACAUUUCUCACUUCUCCCUUAAUAUUACCCCUCAAACCACGAUUUCUUUUCCAAACUACCCCCCGCCAUACCUCUCUGUCUACCCUUGUACCACCCAUGGGCCAAAACAUCAGUUUUAUACCAAGCUCGAAGCAGAAGCGGGAGCCAGAAUCAGUUUUAUACGAUGGUAUCGGCCGAGCCAAUAGGGAAGCUUGGGUUGAGGUGGUCAUAGCCAGAUGUGAAGUAGCCUCGUUGAACGAUGGGUGCCAAUGGUUUUGUUGGCACGAGUCUGAUCCGAGUGAUUAUUAUGCCGAAUACUAUUAUAGUUACAAAGCAGCGACUCCAAAUAACCCGGUUAGUAAACAGUUGAACGAUGGGUUGCAUAAGGCUGGUGCACGAAAUCCUUUUGGACGAUACCAUUAUCGGUGCAACAUGGCUCGAGGAUGCCCAGUUAGGAAAGAGGUGCAGAGAUGCUGUGAUGACAUGUCUGUACUCAUAACACGGUAUCAUGGUACACAUAACCAUCCACUUCCAACUGCCAUGGCUUCCACCGCUGUUUCAGUUGAAACAUCCACUUUCACCCAAGCAUCCCUUCCGCUUCCUUACCAACCUUACCAUGGUUCUUAUAUGAUAAAAACGUCUUCUCAUCCACCAAACAUUAGAAGUAUAAACCCUAACGACCCUAACCCUUCCAAAGGAAUUGUUCUUGACCUUACAAGCAACUCUGACGAUCCACCUCAAUUUAUGAUGGACAAAUCACCAGUGCGAGACCAAGACCAAAACCAGGCUCCCAAGAUUCCAGUUGUCAAAGACCCAAACAAAGAAGUCCAAUCAAACCCAUCCACAAGAAGUACCUCAUUUUCCAAACCUCUUUGCAAUUACGACGUUUUCUUGAGUUUUAGAGGUGAAGACACUCGUAAGAACUUCACUGAUCACCUUUACUCCGCUUUAGUGCAACUCGGAAUUCGUACAUUUCGAGAUGACGAGGAACUUCCAAGAGGUGAGAACAUCUCAAUUGAACUUCUCAACGCGAUUCGAGGAUCAAAGAUUUGCAUUGUAGUUUUCUCCAAAGGCUAUGCUUCUUCCAAGUGGUGUCUUAAUGAGCUUGUGGAGAUCGUGCAAUGUAAGAAUACCAUAGGCCACACUCUUCUUCCCAUAUUUUAUCAAGUGGAACCCUCAGAUGUUCGAAAACAAACCGGAAUUUUUGCGGAAGCCUUUGCUAUGCAUGAAGAGCAGUUUCAAACCGAUAUGGAGAUGGUGCAAAGGUGGAGGGAAGCUCUUACUAAAGCUGCAAAUUAUUCUGGCUGGAAUCUCGAGAGUCUUGCAAAUGGGUAUGAAUCAAAAUUCAUCAAACAGAUUCUUGAAGAAAUUUUGUGUAAAGUGAACCCAGCUCGCUUGGAUAUUGCCAAACACCCAAUUGGAAUAAUGUCUCGUGUUAAUGAUAUUACAGACUUAUUAAAUCUUGGAACAAGUGACGUUCGCGUUGUGGGCAUUUACGGAAUGGGUGGGAUUGGCAAAACAACCCUAGCAAAAGCUGUCUAUAAUGAAAUAUGUGCUGCAUUUGAAGGAAGUAGUUUUCUUUCAAACUUUAAAGAAAGCAUAGAAAAGUCUGAUGGUUUAGUUCAUUUACAAGAACAACUUCUUAAUAAUAUCUUGAAAAUGAAUUUGAAGAUUGAUAAUGUUGAUAGAGGAAUUAGUAUAAUUAAGGAAAGAAUUCAUGGAAAAAAAGUUCUUCUUGUUGUUGAUGGUGUAGAUGAUUUUGAAAAACUACACUCGUUAGUUGAAAAGGAAUGGCUUGGUCCGGGUAGUAGAAUCAUUAUAACCACUAGAGAUGAACACGUAUUAAGUCCAUUGAGAGCAGAUAAAAAAUAUAAGGUCAGAGAAUUGAAUGAUUGGGAGUCUCUUCGACUAUUCAAUUGGCAUGCUUUCAAAAUGAUCAAUCCAAAAGAAGAUUACUCGAAGCUUUCGAUUAAAGCAAUCGGUUAUGCUGGAGGUAUUCCAUUAGUUCUUGUGCUUUUGGGUUCUUUUCUUAAAGAUAGAAGCGUUGCUGAAUGGGAAAGUGAAUUGAAAAAAUUACGAAGAACUCCUCAUGACAAGAUUCAAAAUGUACUUCGAAUAAGUUUUGAUUCACUGGACGAGUAUACAAAGGACAUAUUUCUUGAUAUUGCAUGUUUCUUUGUCGGCAUGGAUGAAAAAUAUGUUAUGAAAAUACUUGAUGGUUGUAAUUUCUUUCCAAAGAUUGGCAUCCCUAUUCUCAUUCAGAAGGCACUUGUGACAAUUGAUGACAAAAAGAUUUUGAGGAUGCAUAGUCUUAUUCAAGAUAUGGGAAGGGAGAUUAUUCAUGGAAAGUCACCGGAUUUGCCAGGAAAACGUAGUAGAUUGUGGUUUCACGAGGAUGCAUUAAAUGUAUUACGCGAACAUACGGGAACUGAUACAGUUGAGGGUCUGAUCUUAAAAGUAUUUGAAGAUGUAUGCUUGAUCAAAACUAAAGCAUUUACCAAUAUGAAGAGUUUGAGAUUACUCCAAAUCGAUGAUGUUCAUCUCAAAGGAUCUUAUGAGCAUCUCUCUAAAAAGCUAAGAUGGCUUUGGUGGCACAAGUGCCAUUUGAAAUUUCUACCACAAAAUUUCCAUCUAGAAAACCUUGUUAUUCUUGACAUGCAGUAUAGUAAUCUCAAACAAGUUUGGAAGAAUAACAAAAUACUCAACAAGUUGAAGGUCCUUAAUCUUAGCCAUUCCAAAUGUCUCACCAAAUCACCAAACUUCUUUGAAAUGCCACAGUUGGAGACACUAAUACUUGAAGGUUGCACAAGUUUUGUUGAGAUUCAUGAGUCCAUUGGAUGUUUGAAAAACCUUGUUUUGCUGAAUUUAAAAGGAUGCAAGAGUCUUAUGAAUCUUCCAAGCAGCAUUUCUAACUUAAGAUCUCUCAAAACUCUUGAUUUGUCUGACUGCUUACAAGUUGACAAGUUACCGGAUCAAGUAGGGAGUAUGAUUGCUUUAACAGAGCUGCUUGCAGAUGGAAUUGCUAUUAAGCAAUUACCAUCCUCCUUUGGUCUUUUGAAGAAUCUUGAGAUUGCAUCAUUAUCUGGACAUAAAGAACAAUCCUCAAAAUCUUGGUUGUCACUUUUCUCAUCAUUGAUGUCACCAAAAAGCUUGAACCCAGUAUGUUUUCUACCACCUUCCGUUUCUGGAUUACGUUCUUUGACAACACUAAAUCUCUCGGGGCGCAAUUUGUCUGAAGAUGUGUUUCCUGUUGAUUUUGAGAGUUUGUCUUCACUCCAGUUUUUAGAUUUAUCAAGAAACAAUUUUCGUAACCUACCUGAUUGCAUCGGUCGCCUUCCAAAAUUGUACAAUUUCCAGUUACAUGAGUGUACGGCUCUUCAAUCAAUUUCAGGACUCUUCUCAAGUGUAGGUGUGUUGGAUGCAAGGGAUUGUACAUCAAUGGAACGACUCUCAGUUUCGUCAAACCACAAGAGAGGACUAUAUUUUUACCUUCGUAAUUGCCACAAAUUGACAGAGAUUCAAGGCUUAGAGAAUUGGGAAAUUUCUUCUAUUCACAAUCAAGCAUAUAAUUUUAAAAGUCAUCUCCAGUGUCCGUUAACCAUGGGCGAUGAUGAGUCUCGUUUCAUUUGCCUCCCUGGUAGUGAGGUUCCAAAUUGGUUCAGCCACAAGGGAAUUGGGUCUUCGAUAUCCUUCCGUGUACCUUCAAUUUCAAAGGGGCAAUUCCUUCGGUUACUUCUUUGUGUUGUUUGUUCUUUUUAUGGAACCUUUGAUUUCAGGAUUUUUCGUUACUCUCUUGGCGUGAAAAUCCGAAAUAAAACUAGAGGCAACAAGAAAUUGCUUUGGCCAACUCGUAAAGCCCCUUUUAAUGAUGAGGACUCCUCUAUUUUUCCAAGAAUAAAAGAAGAAGAUCAUUUCUUUCUAUAUCUGACGCCACUCAUAAGAAAUAAAUAUGAGCUGGAAAGUGGACUCAUAUUUAAUGAAUUGGUGAUGGAAAGUGGAGAAGAAAUUGAGGUGUCCUGCGGAAUUUGCCUAAAUGCUGAAGUGAAGAAGUGUGGAGUUCAUGUAGUAGUUGACGAGCCAAAAGUAAUGUAAGAAUAUGUUACGUUGAAGAAGAAGUUUGGAGGACGUAUCUUUUAGUUGUUUAGUUGUUGUCUUUUAGUUUUAGUGGCUACGUACGUUGCAGUAGUAGAAAUAAGGAUAUUACAUUGUAGUCAAUAUGCAUUGUCACUUGAGAAAAGUUUGUGAUCCUUGAGCUCAGGUAGUUAUUGGCCAACGUUUUGAAUGCAAAAAACUCACAGAAAGGAAAA